UCAAAGAUGGCUGGCUCUGCGGAAUGGUUCAUCGCAGAGGAUGGGUGUUUAUCCAUCGGAGAGUCAGCUACUGGCGUCACGUACCAUUCGACGCUGAAUAACGUUAUAGUAACAACCAAAGAACCUGCAGUGAAAGUUAUAGAUGUCACCUCCGGAUCAGUGCUGCAAAAAUCCGAUGUUUCAGCAUGUCCAACAGAAAAUCUCCGAUGUACUUAUCUUCCUGGUCGGGACAAGGUGUUCUUUACAGAUGGUGUGGCUGUUGGUGUGAGACGAGAUCUGAAUGGAGUCCUCCUGUUGGACACCAUGCUCCAGACCCCAGUGAAAAAGGCAGAGGAUCUGGUCAGAGUAGAACUGCCACUGCAGGAUGCAAGUCAUUUGUUCAAACUUCUCAUGAGUGUGGAUCUGCCAGGUGUUGACUUUGUGGAAGAUGUGCUGAAGGAACUUGAAAAACAAACGGCGGCCAUCCAAGAGGCAACAAAGGGAAAUCAUAAAACUGCCAAGUGGGCGACAGUCUGUAUGAAACUUCCUCACUGUACUCUAAAGUCAGUGUUCAGUAACUUGAUGGUUGAGUUGAAGCAGCAUCACAUCCCAACGCCUGCCUUACCAGUCGCUGCAGCAAUCUAUGAUCGACUCUCAUACCUCUUACCCGGCACGCGUCCUGACUUGUCUGAUGUUGGUUCAGGACCAGUUGAUAGGACUCUGAUGUACUCGGAGGCAGCCAGGAGGGAAACAUUCACCAAGUGGCCUCACAUGAACUACAAAUGGGCAUUACCAGAUCCAAUGGCUCAGGCUGGCUUCUAUCACCAGCCGAAUGCCACAGGAGAUGACCGAGCGAUGUGCUUCACCUGUAAUGUCUGUUUAGUUUGUUGGGAGCCUACUGAUGAGCCAUGGUCAGAGCACGAGAGGCAUUCCCCGUCCUGUCCUUUUGUCAAGGGAGAAUACACACAGAAUGUGCCGCUUGCAUUGACCUAUGCGACAGAACCUGCAUCUCUCCAUGGCAAAAAGAGUGAAAAAGUGGAAGCUGUCAGCACGACAUCUUGUGAUGAUUAUAUAUGUACCUCUACUCUAAAUGGUGGCGUUGUCGUGUGGGACGUAGCCAGGCAGAUUAAGAAACAUGCUGUGUUCUACAUCGACCCCUGUGAUCCAUUGAUUGCAUUGAAAACUGGCACCCAACUGGCCCAGUUUGAUGACACCCAGCUGAUCAAGAAGAAUGUGAAGAAUGCUUGGCAAGAGGAUAGCGACAGCAAAAGUGGUAACACAAGCGAGGAUUAUGCGAGCAGUGGUGCUACUGAUGAAGAGUCACAAUCAAAGUCUGUCUCGGACCCCCCAAUGUUAGAGAUCCCUCUUCAUAAUGGCGACAUCAACAAGUCGUGCAAACUUACCGGUCCAGUGAAAAGAUCGCGACCUUCUUGUGAUAUCCAGGUGUCCUCGAUGUGUGCUGCUGGUCCCCCACAGAAUACAGCUAGUGCAGCUCCAGAGAAACCUAUCCCGAGUUUAGUUAGUGGAGUUUCAAUCAGGCGGACACCUCUACUUCUCAACUGGGGCUACCGAUGUACUGAAAGCAAAGAGGUGCAGUUAAUGAACCAGGUUAACGAGGCAAUUAGUACAGACAGUAGCAUGGAGAUCAUCCCCAGUGAGAGUUCUCAUUCACACAACUCACAUAGUGAUUUGGAGCACAAUCCCUUCAUACCCUACAUACUCGUACACGACAUCAGUCAGAAAGUCGCAAAGGAACAGAAACUUAAAGAAACUGAGAAAAAAAUCACCAAGGAACAGACGAUUUUACCUCUGCAGGAUUAUAUACAAAUGGUAGAAAUGGACUAUGAUUCUGAUGUGGAGAUUGUUGCAGUGACGCCCCCUCCUGGGUCAAAUGGAAAUAAGAUGACGCUAGACGGCACAACAAGUUCCAUCAAAGUUGAAACCACCCCUAAAAUGGAAUUGUCUGUCAAGGAAACUAAGACUAAUAUUGACAGUGAUAAUUUACAGACACGGGUGUCGCCUGGCAGGAAUCGACUAGUCCAGUGCAUAGAAGUGCCGGAACCUUACAGAAAAGAAGAAUAUGUAGUCAGCAGCGUCACCCCCACUAUUGACAAGAACCAUUUAUUAGUUGUGAUAUCUCCCAAAUUUGACAGUGAAAUUGAGGAGGAUGAACCUGUACAACUGAACAGCAAUGACAAGGCUGACUUAGAUUUGGAAAAUUCACCGUUAAUUGACGGAGAGAAACUGAGUAAUGGAGUGUUAGGAAGUGAAGGGUCACUACAGUCAGAUGAAUCUAAGAAUGAUGCGGCGAAUGAGGCAGUAUCUGGUGGUUGUCUGUUGCUGUAUAAGGUCAAGUACGACAAGGACAUUGUGACGAUAAGUGAGGAACCGUGUAGACAUUUUAGUGUUGAAAACCUUGAUGACGCUGUGAUAUCCACCUAUAUGCUCCCUAUAGAUUUGAUAGGUAGUCCUGAGGAGGAGGAGAUUAUGACAGAUAGCUUAAACCAGUGUGAUGGCUCGGGGAAAUUUGACAGUGGUGUUCCAGGAUUUGUGGCUGUGAUUACCCAGGGAGGCAGGCUGAUGAUGUUUCGCCUCGAUGACUUUCAUCUCAUGGGGACAGUAGACAGGCUGAAGAUUGGGGAAAAAUUCACCUCGGCUACGUAUUGCACUGGUAUGGAUCGUCUUUGUGCCAGUACGUCAGCAGGGAAGCUUCACUUCUAUCAACUCUGCCCCGGGGGUCCUGACUUCACUGAGACAGAUAUCUUGGAGCACAGUUCACCCAUCAAGCCUUGCUCGGUGCAGAAUUCGACUGAUUUCUGUGAAAGUGACACUGGGCCUGAACUUCCUCCAAAGGUUGGGGCAGGAGAACUUCUAGUGAAGCAGCCACUGACUGUGGAAGUGUUGUCAUCUCUGCACGAGUUGAUCCAGUUUGAGAAUCUUCUGCCCAAGUUUUCUGCUACUGUUCCCCAGUGCUGGGCAGAGAUCCAGCAAGAGCAACAGCAGAGGAGACAUCCUCAACACCUACAGCAACAGGGGGAGGCCACACAGCACACCAGGACUUGGAGGCUACAGAGGGACAGCACCAGCAGAGAUGAACACCUCUUUGAGUUGGUCCUCCCUAAGUCUACAUGUGUUGGCCAUAUCGACCUCAAGUUCAACCUACGACCUCUGUGUAACCGACCUCCGAAAAUCCAAGUCACCUUGCUGAAGCAGAAUAUCAGCAGCUUUGGCCGGGCAGAUACGAUUAUUGAGAACGUUGAGAAGAAAAAUGGUGUGGCAGAAGUACCGCCCAAUGUGGUCGAGAUGGAAGAGGUUGAGAAGGAGAAGGAGAAGGAACCAUUGCCAAGUACUAGUAAUUCACCAUCACCUGUUCCCAAUAACAACAAGAAGGACAAGAUCAAUGGUGUGACAGAUCCUGAGUUCCUUCUCAAGCAUAAUGCGGAGAUAUUAUGUGGACCUGUUGAUCUUAGUAACUAUGUCGACUUGUCAGGCCACAGUGGAAUGGUCACGCUGACAAGUUCAGCGCUGAUGAAGGUCAAGACAAGGUCGUUCCUCCUUCAUAUAAAGGCUCUACCAUCUCCCAAGGAUGAUGAACAAAAACCAAAGGAUAAUAAACGUAAGGCAGCGAGCCCUGCUGAUCAGCCUCCCAAAACCACCAUGAAGAAGAAGAGUAUCAGUAUGUUUGAACAGUUGUACUUCCCCGGGACGAAUACGUCCACCCCACCUGCCCCCAAGGACCGCAUGGAGAACAUGAAGGGCUGCGACUGCAUUCAGGAGAUAUCAGUCACAAUUAGGAAAGCAAAGAAGACCUAUAAACCAAGGGAUAGGUUACAGAGAUGUAUGAUGCUGGAGUCUGCAUCUUUUCAUGAUCAACUCCUCUUGGCCAUCUGCGGUGAUGAUGAAAAGACACCAAUUACAACCAGUAUUGAGCACAAGCAAAACUUGGCGUUGGAUAUCGCAUGUUGGGUCGCCUCGAUCCAAGUCAAUGAACCAGGGCUAGGCUUUCAAGACAUCUGCAUUGUGCGUACAGUCCAGGCGAACCUGGAAGCUCUGGUGAAGACUUGCUUCAUUGAUGGAUCAAGAACCAUGGGACAUAAGUGUGCUCGACUGGUUGCGCUUUGCUUAGAGUUUACUAAGGGCUUGUCUGACCCAGAUGCUGCCCCCUCGUUCAGUUUCACUCUCCUCCAGGCAUUGAUUGAGUGCCUGCCCCUCAUUCCUCGUGCCAUCUCAGCCGGCGCACUCCACUGGUACUUCUCCUUGCUGAAUAGGGUCAAGUGCAUGGACAUCAACCUCGUUGGUCAGCGCUGUUCUGAUAUGUUAUCAUUGGUGGCAAAACACUACUCGGAUAAAAUCAACCCCAUCUAUAACCUACUCAAAGCAAGGUAUGCCUUGUACGGUAGUCCAGAAGAUCCAGAUCUGUUUGACAUUGAGCCUCCGCAUAACAUCAAACCUUCCUCUACCGUGACUAAUUCAUCAACAUACGCUUCAGUCGUAGCAGGUGUUUCCAAUAGCAACCCAACAUUCGGCUCGGGCGGUACAAACACCACGAGUAAUGGUACCAGCAGUAACACAGGAAAGGAGGAGAGUGACUUUGAAGACUUGUUGACCCUAACAGCAGGCUUUGAGAAGUCUCAACGAUCCGGGAAUGAUCAGUUCAUGAGGCAAAUGGUUGGCUUACUUGAAGUUGAGCCGCUGCAUUUUACAUGCCAUGCAACAAGCGAUGGUACCAGAAUGGAAAGAAUGGACUCUGGUGUUCCAGGCACAACAGUAACCAGCACCCACAGCGGGUUGUCAGGGACGAUUAACUUUGGUGAAGGUCUAGCGUCGUCACUAUCAGCAGGGGCUGCUCUAGCCUCCCUGUCUACAGCAAUGGCAUCCGCAGAACAACAACUGCAACUCCUGCAGAGUAAGCAACAGCAGCUCAUGAAGCUGCAGGUGCAGAAGAACAAGCUGGAGCAGCAAUUGGCCGAGACGACCAACACCAUCUCGGCCCCGACGCCUCAUCUUGCAUUCAGCUACUCCUCGGAACUGUUUCCUCCGACCCCUAAGACUACACCAUUGUUUAUGACCCCACCCAUGACGCCCCCAAAUGAGGGAAUGCAGAGUGGAUCAGACACGCGGCAGUCAACGCCUAAGGUUGCCAGUAAGGAUGGGAAGUCUGGCCAUCCACCUGUAGCCAUUUCCAUCCCGCAGUCCCAGCACCUUCUACAGCCACCGCCUGGACAUGUACUCGUCAUUGAGAGGAUGCAUUCAGGAGCUCGUAGAUUCGUCGUACUUGACUUUGGCAAGCCUAUCCUGCUGACUGAUGUGUUCAUCCCUCUGUGUUUUGACCUCGCCUCAAUCUCGAUAGACGUGUGGAUCCAUGGCGAGGAGAUAGACGGCAGACGUCUCGUGGUCGCGUCGGAUAUUGGUCUCCAUUCUCUAGUCAUGAAUGAUCUGAUGCCACCGCCCGUGUGUCGUUACCUCAAGAUCACGACAGUUGGUCGCUACGGCAACAGCACCACAAGAUCAAGGAUACCCAUCGGAUCAUUCUUCGGCCAUACGUUCAUCCUACCUUGGGAGUUUGACGACGGCAUGUUAGGAUUCCAAAAUGGCGACGAAGCUAAUCUCCAGCAUCUUGUUCAAAGUAACCAAUCAGCGAUCAUGUCUCAACUUGGUAUGUUAUUAGCGCUCCAGGAGGACAUCCAGUGCCGCUACAGUUUAGCAAGACAUCGCCUGGAGAAUCUUCUCAGUGGAUUGGAUCAGUGCCCUGCAAACUCGAGCUACUACCAGUCAUCGUUCAAGAAGGGCACGUCUGACCUUGACCAGAAGGUCAUACAAGCUUACAACGACUGCAUCCAACUGCAGCAUCAGUUGAACCUAGCUCGAUCUGCAGUGGACCGUCUGCAAAGGUCUUUAGGAAUACAGACACAAAAUAUGGAUGGCCAGUCAAAUAAUGCUUGUGCUGUCUUGAAGCAGACGUCCACGGAUAAGUUGCGUGUUUUGUCGGAAUUCCUCCUGGAGACCUUACUCAGCAUGACCAACCCAUCCCCCUCGAUCCCUGCUCUCCCCUCCUGUCUCUACAUGGCCUUUGACCCAACGAUGUGUGAGGCGCUAUUUAGGAACUUGUGUAUCCAUGGUAAUCGUCGAGUGCAGGUGAUGGCCGGGGUGUUGCUGGUGAGGAUAUGUGGCAGUCAGACGUGGUGGGGAGACUUCCUGGGCACUGCCCUACGAGAGCUCUUCAGUAGUCACCAGACACAAGUCAUUGCUCAGGACAGGGUGUUUGUUUUGUUGACAAUGUUGGGCCAGAAGUCAUUGACGAGUGGGAAUGCUAGCCAGGUGCUUGAGAGUUUGCUUGGUCUUCUGGCAAGACUGCUGUCUCCACUGGUGAAUCAACAGGAUGGGGCUGUGGGACACAUGGUCUCCUUGGAUUUGGUUCUGAUCAGUCGCCUGCUAGUUUUCCUGUCAAAGACAAUGGACAACUCAUUCAGUGCUGGUUCAUCCUCUGACGAUGGUGAUAAAAGAGACAAGGAUAAGGACAACAACAAUGGUUCCAUGGGUACGUCAAACCGCUGGGAUUUCAUCCAAGGCGAUGCUGCCAUGCACUCUACAAAAGGCUCGUCCAACUCUCGCUCAAAGCUCUACCGUCGCAAGCUCCACAAGCGUCUCAUGCACCACAAACAGCAACUGUUGGAUCUGCAGCAGGCCAAGAAGAACUUCCUGAGUAGCCAGAUGGAGAAGCUGGGGUCAGGCAUCACCAAGGAGGCGGAGGCCAUCAUCAAACACCAGGAGCAAUUGUUCAAGAAGACCUUGAAACAGUACACUUCUAAGCACUUCAAGGACAUCAUGCACAUCCGUCGUACUGAUGCAGAGAUCCUCAAGAAGCUACCCAAGGAUCCAAAUGGCAACAGUAGUGAUAGGGAGCUAGUGGAUACAGAUAAUGAUAACUCGAUUGUUCUGCCUCGCGAGCGAUGUGUGCCUGUUGUGCGUGGCCUGGUAGCCCUUCUUCUCACCAUGGACUUCACCUGUAACACGGAUCUCUUCCUCAUCACUUGCAAGGUUUUGGCACGGAUCAUCAGCUCAACGCGUCCCGCUGUCAUGCUGUCUGAAGCAAUGAGCCAGGACCAGCUGGAGAAGUUUGUGUUGCUGUGUUCAAACAUCGAGCACAGUCAGAGCAGUACGACCUGGGGCGGCCCGUGGGCAGUCCAUGCCGUCACAUGUCUAUUGCAAGACGUCCUGGAAAGCGAGCGUAUGUAUCCUAUGACAAAUGGUGGUGACCUUGUCACUGAUGAUGAUGAUAUUGCCACCUCUAUGUCGGAGACUGAUGACACCCUCUGUCAGAAUGGCACACUUCCCAGUUUGGACGAGAGUCAAGUCAGUGCGGAAGAUUCCUUGGCAGAAGGGAAAUCGGCCAUUGCGUUAUGUCUGAAAAUAUCCGAAGAAGAAAAUGGUGUAUCUUGUGCCUCCAAGGAUGAGACCCUCAAAUUUGAUAAGGAUUCUUCAAUGUUGGUUGACAUGAUCUUAGAUGAUGAGGAUGAUGAACCUCCCCCACUACCGCUGCCAUCUAUUGUCACGGAGAGUAAGAACGGCGGUGAGGAGACGUAUCAGAUCAUCAGCGUCCAACCUCCGUCUGCAACCUCCUCUUUCUUUGGCAGUGUCACACAGCCACAGAAACUCAAGCUAGAGAAAUGGAAAUCAAAAUUCAACGACGUCGUCAGUAAGAAUGGGACAGCCCCUGUAACUGGCAUGUCAGUAGCUAUGGACAACCGUCUGGAGUUCGGGAUUGAAAUGAGUGCUGAGCUACGACUCCGUGUGAUGGUAUCCGUCGAGGCUGAGAAUGUCCAGCGGGCAAUAUUUGCUGCUCUUCCACCGAUACCUGCCGGUGGGGCCAGUUUUGGUCAUAGCUACCAGAUGGCAGCGACUGACGAUGAACAGAUGUCAGAAGCUAUGAUGUAUGGGAAUCCAGCACAGCAACCUUUGGUACCAUCUUGGGAAAUGUUGAGCACAUGCUUCAACCACCUCUUCACCCAGCUGCCUCUGUACCGCAUCGAUCUGGACACCAUCCUCCACCUCUGGCUCAUCAUGAAUGAGGACUCCAGCUCCGACGAUACUCACAUCGGCUUUGAUCCAACAAAGGUCCCCACGAUCCCUCUGAGCCAUGCGUCGAUGGACUCCCUCCUCCACGUCCUAGUGGUGACUCCCAACAUCUCAGUCAGCACGUGGGUUCUUGUCUUCCAGUCCCUCACGUGGCUGGCUAACUUGAAAGCAGAUGAUAAGUUCCUGGCGUCUGCUAUUGUAGCUGAUUGUAAUCUGGUGCCAGUGCUGAUCAAGUUCCUGUCAAGUUCACAGUAUGUUCAGGUUGGCCCCACAGCUACUCGAGCUUUCAACGAGUUCCUGAUGCGACUUCAAGUGCGCUGUGCUGAUGAUAAUGAGAACCAUCUCAAGGAGCUACUGCUCAAGUUGGUCUAUACGCUCACUGUAGAAAGGGGUCCAUUCCAUUGUGGUCUCGGUCCGCUAGAUGCCCAGUGCAAGCUGUUAGAACACAUCCUGGAUCAGAACUACGAUACAGUCGACAUCAACAAUGCCAUCAGUGUCAUCUCGGCCAUCAGUACUCUCACGCAUCAGCACAUUCUCUCCCAGGACAGGGUUAGCUGUAAAAGUUCAUUGGAGAGCUGUGUCAGUGCGAGGUCUUGCUUUGGAGGCUUGUUUGCCACGAUGCUUUGUCCUGGUGAUUCCAAGACCAUGGUCGGUGAGUGUAACCGAGAUGUCUUGGUGAGCAGUCUCCUCAAACUGGUCAACAUGCUGGUCCAGAGUCGCAUCCCAUCAAGGGCAAGUCCUAGACGACAGUACUCUGGAUCUGUCAACCACAUCAGUGGGGGCUCUGCAGACUUCGCUAUGACUGAUGCAGGGAAGAUGAGCAUGGCGGAAGGAAUGGUGCUCGGGAUGACGGACGCUGCGAGGUCCGAGGAGGAGACGAUGUCAAAGACAGAUGAGCAGAAAACAGAGACAGCAGCCAGUCAGAGGAGAUAUAAACACUGCUCUCAUUACCAGAAUGUGGAGGAACCUCGGGGCACCGUCAAGGAGCCGUGUGUGGCUGAUAUCAUACUAGCACAUGAGCAGAUUAUGUGGAACUUGAUCAACUCACUAAGUCGGUGUAAUAGUAACACAACAGCCUCCAUUGUAAGCUCAUCACAGUUCAACAACACACAGGAUAAUAUCUCAGACUUGGAACCAAUAUCGGUCGGAGACUGUAUAUUUCAGAUUCUGUGUACGAUGAACAAGAAGACGACUGAUUUGAAGUUAGUGAUCAAGCCAUUAUUUGCAUUCCUGUCUAGCAGUUAUCAGAGUGCCCAGUUACAUAACCCAUGUCACCUGUCAGAGCCACUUCUCUGGAUCUUUGUGGGGGUGCUUGACUGCAAGCAUUCACUUGGAACGUUCAUUGAAAUGGGCGGAAUCCAGGUGAUCUGUCGUAAUCUCGUAUGGAGCAGCAAGCAGAUGAUAAGCACAAACCCGAGCUUCAUCUCGGCGAUCAUGCCGUUCAUGGGGUCAGGCAAGACCAUCACGGGCAAGAGGCUCAGUCAGGAGGCGGACAACCUGGAAGGACUUCAGAACUUUGCUCCGUUAGGCUGUGUAAGCUCUAGUAGCCCUACCGCUGGCCCUGGUGAUGUGUUAAUCCAGGCCUCUCCGCCCCACCGGCGAGCACGCUCUGCAGCUUGGUCCUAUCACUUCUACCCAGACGAGGCGUGGAUAGACCUCACCAUUCAGUUACCUUGCUCCAUACUGCUGAAGGAAGUACACAUACAGCCUCAUCUCUCUUCUCUUGCGACAUGCCCAUCGGUUGUGUCCCUGGAGAUUAGUCGUGAUGGUGUCAGUUCAAUCCCCGUGUGUCCCCCAGUCACUACAACCGGCCUCAUGAUCAUCAAGCUCAGUCUACACAAAGCUGAGGUGGCCAACUCUGUCACGCUGCGCCUCCACAAGCCGAGGGAUUCAAACACCAUGGGCUUGUCGCAGAUUCUUGUCAUGGGUUACACAGCAUUUGGCGAAGGUGGCAGCAAGGGUGCGCUGGCCAGCAGCCCUGAGGAGCAAGUCACAAGAACAAGUAUGUGCUGGAUGCGACUCCUGCAUCACUGCAUGACAUCGGUGGAUGGCAUGGGAGACCAAGUGGCAGAGGCCGCCUCCCCAACACCAAGCCUCCUCAACACCUGCAGUGCUCUACUCGUCUCACCCAUCACCAACGCGUUCCUCUCCAACCUUGAGGCAGCCAUGUUGAAGCUUGGACUACACUCGACCGAGAUGGGUUUGGCUCUCAUCGACAACCUGUUGAGGAAUCCACCGGCUGAACCUGUCUCGGCUAACCUGCCGCUGUAUGGGAAAACAAACGGGGUCGCAAACGAAGCGACAGUGGACAUCCUCUACCAGCUCGGGAUGACACAGGAUGCUGGCACUCAUACAAGGGUGAUGUGCCUUGCUCAAUGGCUCGGAGACAACGCCAGGGUCGCUCUGCAGAAAAAUGGUGUCUAUUCCGACGAUCAUUACCGCCCGUCACCGAGGCAGACAUUUGCUAUGGAUGAAGGACUGCCUAACCCAGCUCCGGCUCAUGUUCACUGUAUAGCUGCCAUCUUGUGGCAGAGUUCAGAACUGCAGAUCACGUACAGCCUGCACAACAUUAUCACAAGAGAUUUGUUUAGUUCUGUCUACGAAUGGUCGACCGUGCUACUCCACAACUCCCCAUUGAAGAAAGCUGUGGAUACAGUGAUCUGUGCCAUGUGCCACAUCCAGCCAGACUACUUCAGGUGCCUUCUGGAAUGGAUGGGAAUCAUCAUGCCAGCCGGGUCAGGGGCAGCAGCCAACAUACCUGAUGACAGCAAGGAGCCACUACAGAAUCAGUCGAUGACAGAUGACAGCAAAGAAGCCAAUAGUGCCUUUAGUCCUGGUCCUGACUCGCCGCCAAUGCAGGAAGUCGGCCCGAUCAUCCUGGACGAGCAGCAUCUCUCAACCUUAUCCAUCGCAUGCCAGUCCGAUACUGCCAUCAGUCAGCUUCUAGAUUCAGGUUUCCCUGCCAUGUUGUCACAAGGAUUGUUUGAGUUUUGUAACAAGCAGAUAUGGUAUUCUGGUGAUGGUGAUGGCGUGGCUGACGCGGCUAAACCUGGACCUUCAUCUCAGGGCGGCAGGAGGAGAUUCAGCUCGGAAUCUAUGGACAACAAAGGAUUAGUGAUCACCGCAGAUCUUAUCGCGCCAGUUCUCAGCUUCCUCUCGGAAGUCUCCAAAGAAGCUGUUAUGAAGGAGUGGCUUGGUGGUAUUGAAGGCAGCAUCUUCUGGCCCGUUCUCCUCAGCCUCCUCUGCAGUAACAACGUGCAUCACCCAACCCACGCUGCACAGCAGCGCCAGCAGAAACUCAUGACGAGCCAACAGAGGGCCAUGGUGGAGACGGCUACUGUUGCUUUCUUCACACGAGUCGUUGCGGGACAUUCAGCAAAUCAGCUCUUGUUUGCACAGGUGUUGUGCGAUGUGAUCAGGAACCAGGGAGUUACACAGCAAGGUAUUGUGUACAGCAACCUGCCCUUGUCAGGCUUCACCAGACGUCUUUUCCUACAAGUCCUACUUGAAGAUGAGAAGAUACUUGUAGCAUUCAAAUCAUCGUCUCAACUCCAUAAAGGUCACUUAGGAGCAACGAGUAGUCAGAUUUAUCACCCCAAAUUUGGCGCUGGACACCGGUGUAAAAUCGUCAGUGUUGGUUUGCAGACAACGUGUGGGGAGGUACUCAGGAUGGUGUCUGAUAGUCCCUCACUCACCCUGCAGCUUGUUGAUAAGCCGGCUGAAGCCAGUCAUGAGGAGGGGAAAAAGGACACGGGCCAACUCGGCAUUGAAGUCGUCAACCAAAUCUCAUGGGUGGCAGGAGGUCAUGAGACAGAGGUGGAGGAUGGACCUCCAGAGAUGACAGCCAGUCUGCCACCCAAUUUCACCAUAGGAGGGGCCGGUGUUUUACUCAACUCCGGGGCGCUGGCAAAAGAGAAGCGUGAUAAGAUGAAGAGUCUGCCGCCUCGGCCUCCAACCAGGAGAGGGCGCCACUCGGUGAAGGAUGACCCCUCGUUUAGCAGCACUAUGGUGGUGCCAGUUCUCUCCAUGUACCAUACUCUCAUGCCUAAACAACCACUACCCCCUGAUCUGACCUUGGCCCAAGUCCUGGUCAUGUUACAUCAGCGAGGCCUACUUCAGGGGCAGCCUUCCUUGGAGUUCACAGUCAAGCUGGGCACAAAGCGAGUGUCGACGCUGAAGAAUAUCAGUCAAGUUAAAGUAGAAAAGGAGUACUCUCCUUGUGACAACGACACUAAGCUCAUCCCAGAGCAGGUGCUGCUAGAGACGCAGAGCUUACCCUCGCCACUUCAGGUGUUUGCUAGCCAAGGUGGCCUAGCAUUACUAGCAGAACACCUGCCCCUCCUCUAUCCAGAAAUCACACGGCAGGUCAGUCCACCAGAUGGUAGCAGAGACACUGUCACUAACUCUGGUAUCGGCAAUGAUUGGGUUACUGUUGAAUAUGGUGAAGACAUUUAUGAGGAUAUAUUUGAACCAAUGCCCUCGGGUUCAAACAACCAGUCAUCCAAGCAGCCCAGUCCCAGCCUGCCUACAAUCCCCCCGCAUUCCCUGGUGGCAUUCGGCCUGUUCCUCAGGCUGCCUGGCUAUGCUGAGGUGCUGCUGAAGGAGAGAAAGAAAGCCCAGUGUCUCCUCAGGCUUGUGUUGGGGGUCACCGAUGAUGGCGAUGGAGGUCACAUCUUAACCUCUCCUUUAGCAAGCUCUCUACCAACUCUGCCUUUCUACGUCCUGAAGACGUUGUUUGACCAGUCACCACUGACGACUGAUGAUGGUCUCGUACUUAGGAAGAUGACAUUGGAUAUUGGAGCACUGCAUCUCAUCCUUGCUUGCUUGUCUGUGCUCAGUCAUCAUGCGCCGAGAGUACCCAUACCAGGAUUCCAUCAUGAGCUGAUCAUGGUGGCCACCCAAGCUACCUCCAACCCGCCACCGCCUGAGAAGCCUGCUGAGGAGAAGACACAGCAUUACUGGGCAAAGGGAACAGGCUUUGGUACUGGCUCCUUCACCUCGAGCUGGGAUGCUGAACAGGCUCUCUUGAGACAGAAGAGUGAGGAAGAACACGUCACGUGUCUCCUCCAGGUUCUGGCGAGUUACAUCAACCCCGGCGGUCACAUUGCUCCCCAUCACUACAGCGGUGAUGACGAUGAGCAGGAAUACGAAGGAGCUGAUCAUAAUGAGAACCAUUGUUUGCCAACCAUCCUCCCUGAUCUCCUCACACAGUCGUGCCUCGUCCCAGCCAUAUCUUCCUACCUCAGGAAUGACUCAGUUCUAGAUAUGGCACGCCACGUCCCUCUCUACAAGUCAUUGCUUGAGUUGUUACGCGCCCUCGGAGUGUGUCCGGUGCUGGUACCGUUGCUGUUACCAUUAGACAAGGAAGAUGGAGACUCAUCCUCGAUUACCUCUCUUCUGGCCAAGAUGAAGGGAUGUGUUGACACGUAUGCUAGCAGGCUCAAAACGAACAACAAGAGUAGCAUGAGCAAGGCCACCCAGACAAAGGAGGAGGAUGAUGAGAGUGAGGGUUUGGCACUGCUCAUUCCUGACAUCCAGAGAACUGCCGCCGUCGUCAUCAAGGCCUCUGACAGAGUCAAGCAAAUUGAUAAUGCUGAGGGAGACACAGAAUCUGAGAAGCGCUUUGACCGUGGUGCGGAGAGCUCUGACUUCACCCUGGCAGAGAGGUACAUGGAAAUCAUGCGAGAGGAACAAUUCGACACGUUUGAGAUCGUCCAGGAGGACGAGGGCAUUAUAAGGUUCACCAUGUCGCAUCAUUACGAGUCGAAUAUAAAGACAGCCGGUGAUAUCAACAACCCAGCUCGUGCUAGGCGGUUAGCUCAGGAAGCGGUGACUCUCUCAACAUCACUGCCACUCUCGGCCAGUAGUAGUGUGUUUGUACGCUGUGAUGAAGACAGGCUCGAUGUCAUGAAGGUGCUGAUAACAGGUCCUUCUGAGACGCCGUAUGCGAAUGGUUGCUUUGAAUUUGAUGUCUACUUUCCUCCCGACUACCCUAAUGCCCCACCACUGGUCAAUCUCGAGACGACAGGCAACCACACUGUUAGGUUUAAUCCAAACUUAUAUAAUGAUGGGAAGGUUUGUCUGAGCAUCCUGAACACAUGGCAUGGCCGACCAGAGGAGAAAUGGAAUUCACAGACAUCCAGCUUUCUACAGGUGCUAGUUUCAAUCCAGUCACUAAUUCUUGUAUCGGAGCCAUAUUUUAACGAACCAGGUUACGAGAGGUCACGGGGUACACCAUCAGGGACAGCGAGUUCACGGGAGUAUGAUUCCAACAUCCGGCAAGCUUCAGUGAAAUGGGCCAUGCUCGAACAGUUCAGAAACCCUUCACCAUGUUUUAGAGAUGUGAUACAGAAACACUUCUGGCUAAAGAGACACGAGAUAAUACGCCAGAUCGAGGAGUGGAUCAGUGAUCUGGAACAACAUAGCAGUGAUAAGCGCUUUGGUAGAACGAUCAGUCAUAACUGUCUUGCCCUAAAGCGUCAUUACAACCAGCUGAAGGAAGAGUUUGCCAAGAUGAAGCCAGCUCUCAUGGACAACAACCACCGUUGUAUGUCAGACGACGAGGUGGAAGGCGGUGGUACGAAACCUAGUCCUAACGGCCAAUCAGAUAGUAGCGCGUUCUCAUGUGAUACAAAGGAAGAUAACGCCAAUGAAGUAGCCAUGGACGACAAUUCAAAUCAUUCGGCAUCUUUGGACAAUAAUCUGCCGCAAGUUGGUGACUGUGAUGACGUGCUUAGCGAGUCUGCUGUUGGUACUGACUUCCUGCCCUCCAGUUCAGGAGAAGGGAAUGCAGGGUUUGAUUCGUUACCUCCACCAGAGGAUCCAGCAUAUCUAAUGGCAGCUGGUGGCCAAGGCUUGAACUUUGAUAUGGACUUAGGCCCACCCACACCAGACGUUCUGGUGGAGCCGUUACUCUUUCCAAAAUAUGAUGAUAAAUAUGACGAUGACGUUGAGUUGCCGCAGCCUGUUAGCUUGGAUCAGUUGCUGGAGGCUGCGUCGCUGAAUGACAACAGUAACCCAGGUUAUGAUGAGGUCGAUGCCUGACAAAGGUCACCAGAUAGGAAAGCUUUGGGGAAGGGGUUAAUCGGAUGGCGUGGCGUCGUCUUCGAACUCAGAAAAUCAGGGGAUGAAUUGUAAUCCAGUGAUUCACGAUUUCAGAAGUGUUGGAUAGUUUCUUUUUAAAGAUCGGGGCCUUUGUUACAGUUACGUGACGUGUAUAAAAUUUAUUUUAACGGUGCCGUCAGAUUCUUAUUUGGUUGAAAAGAGUUAUUUUUAGGUGAUCACCAUUCACAUUGAUGCCGUUGCGAUGUUUUUAAGGGUUAAAAGUUGGACAAUGGUACGUAUUCUCUGCAUUCUUGAUGGAUUUAAGGUGCCAGCUCAUAUGUGUAACGUAAUGAUCUUGUUAAGGAGUUCAACCCAGACCACUCAUGGUAUACUUACCAUUCGCCGGUCACUUCAAGUUCAGCCAUAUAGCCGGACUUUACCACUUAUCUCUUCACAGUUGUUUUAACAAAUCUUACUUCAGGGGAAAUGAUCAUUUAUGUUUUCAUACUGUUCAUUCUAACCAAUGUUUAAAACUGUGUCAUCAUUGGUUUUAAAGGUAUUAAUAUGACAUGCUUAAUGGUUUGACAUAUAAUGGAAUCCUUCCAAGUCGAAACACAUCUCGAUGAAACCAUUUAGUUUUAUCAAAUGAGAACAAACUAUCAUAAAUAUAACCAGGAAUUGAUACCGACUUUUAUAAAUCGUGAUAUAACUAAAAUAUAAACUCAAGAUGAGAGUCCGCGGAAGUUUUAUUUAAUCUCUGAAUUGUAUUGUUGGAUCAACUUUGUUGGGUUGAUCUCUCAUCACCAAUUGUAAUAGAUUCCUUCCUUCUUUCAAUAUGAUUUCUCACUUUUGUUUUAUUCGUGAAUUGUUCAAAUAGGACAUGAGCAUAGCGAGUCAUUUGAAAUGCGUUCAACAUGAAAGUGAAAGUAUUUUGCACCUUGGUCUUGUAAACCCAUUUGAUGGUCUCAAUUCUUGUUUUAAUAAAAAGUCUAUUGUUCCUGUUUCCUGCUAAAGCUAAUUGUUGGAAGAGAGGUCCUCGUAUACUGGGCUGCUGUAACUGUCUGAUGUGUUAAUGCGUGUUCAGUGUUGAUGAAACCUAAAGAUAUAAUAUUUUCACAACGUUGAAAUUGAUUGCUGUGAAACAAAGUGCUUUACACUUGUUGACCUUAAAAGGUAAAAGCGAGGUCACAUUGGUUAAGUCCUCAGAAGUGGUCUUGGCGUCUGCCUUGAGGGAGGGCAGGGGUACUCAUAAAUGCUGUUGUCCUUAACAAAAAUAAGAAGCCCUGAGGCCUGUGUAGUGUUGUUACCUGUGUCGUUUUCAUUGGGGUGAUGGGCUCCACCACCUUUGGAUGUUUCUCAUUUGUGGGAAAACCUAAAGUGUUUGUGGUUUGAUUAGUUGGAGAUUGGAACCCCAUUAUAAGGCCCUGCUGGGUAGAAUUUGGUUAACUUGGUCCUGGCCAAUGGCUGUUGUCUUUGACACCAUAAGCAAUGACCAAGCAGAUUGAACCUCGAGUGCUACUGGUAUUAGUGGUAUGUGUGUGUGUAUGAUUCAUAAAUAUUUUGAUUCGGUCUAUAUUCGCUUUGGGAACAGAGAUUUCAGCAUCAUGCACCGAAAUGAUGCUUCUUCUUCAUGUGUUAUAAAUAUGGUCAAAUGGUCUUUUACAUGUGGCUCCAACAGGAGCAAGUUGGUCAGUGAAAUAUCCUGUGCAAUCUGUCGUGUCCAUUUCACCAAAGGUCGUGCUGGGAGCAUGUAUUGCCUCUUCUAGCUCAAUAUUCAAGCACUUCAAAUCUAACUUGUGAGAGAUGUUCAUGGUAGUCUUGCCUGCACGCUCUGGUGUUGUAGACUUGGCACUAUUUAGCGCUUUGUGGAAAAGCUACUGUGCAGAGGGACAAACAUGGUGGCAAUAGUGGUGACCGUCAGUCUGCUGUCCUGAGUGGUUAAAACCUUGAAUAGAGGAUAUGUUCUGAUGCACAUGAUGUACAUUAGACAUGUUAGAUCUGUUGAGGUUGGAUUAGACGUGUGUGUGCAGUGUCAGGGCUCAUAUAGCCUUUCAUUGUACUGGAGGUCUUUACAUAAUAUUGAGUUAGCUUAUAUAAAGUCUCUGUACAACACUGGUGGGCCUUAUGGCAAGAGAGAUUGCCUCACGGACCCUCAUAUUAUCACGUGUGACAUCACUGUCUAUGGUUUUAGUGUUGGUUGGAGUGGAGGCUUGUGUAGUUAUGGUAUAACAAGAGGUGCACAAGUCUUCGCUUCACCUUGAUGUGAAGUCAUUUGUCAAAGCCUUGUUUGCCGAAGGUGACCUUGGAAAUGGACUGCACAGAUUUGCUAUUUUUUGCUCCUGACUCAUUACUUACUCUGUGAAUUUUUUAAGUUAUUAUUUGUAAAGAUGAUUGUUAACACUGAUGUUCCAUAGUCUAGCAUGUCUAUUCAUAUCAACCUUGUUGUUGAAAGAAGAGGAGACAUCACAGAAUAUGCAAAAGACCAAUUUUCAAUAAAAAACAAAAUCAUUA